CAGAGACAGACUCAACUCCCUUUGCUUGCAUGGCGGCAAUGGCAUCGGCGGCGGCGCAAGGGGGCGAGGAGGCGCCGCUGUACAAGGACGCGUCGGCGCCGGUGGAGGCGCGCGUGCGGGACCUGCUGGGCCGCAUGACGCUGCGGGAGAAGGCGGGGCAGAUGGCCCAGGUCGAGCGCGUCGUGGUGUCCGUGUCACCUCGCGCCCUCACGGAGCUCGGCGCCGGCAGCGUCCUCAGCGGCGGCGGAAGCGCGCCCAGCGAACGCGCCACCCCGUCCGAGUGGGCACGCAUGGUCGACGACACGCAGCGCCUCGCCCUCGCGUCGCGCCUCGCCAUCCCCGUCCUCUACGGCGUCGACGCCGUCCACGGACACAACAACGUCUACGGCGCCACCGUCUUCCCCCACAACGUCGGUCUCGGAGCCUCCAGGGACCCGGAGCUCGUGCGGAGGAUCGGACAGGCCACGGCGCUCGAGGUCCGCUCCACCGGCUACCACUGGGCCUUCUCACCCUGCCUCGCCGUCUGCAGGGACCCGAGGUGGGGAAGAUGCUACGAGAGCUACAGCGAGGAUCCAGAGAUCGUGAGCUCCUUGACCACACUUGUCGCCGGCCUGCAGGGUCAGCCACCGGCAGAUCACCCUCAUGGUUACCCCUUCCUCCACUCUCUUAGGGAGAAUGUGCUUGCUUGUGCCAAGCAUUUCGUAGGGGAUGGUGGCACUCACAAGGGGAUCAAUGAAGGGAACACCAUUUGCUCGCCAGAAGAUCUAGAAAGCAUCCACAUGAAACCUUACCCUAAUUGUAUAACUCAAGGGGUGGCAACGGUCAUGGCAUCGUACUCUCAAUGGAAUGGGGAGCCAAUGCAUGUCAGCCAUUAUUUGCUCACAGAUGUUUUAAAGGGCAAGUUAGGCUUCCAGGGUUUUGUGGUGUCAGACUGGGAGGCUCUCGACAGGCUCAGCGAGCCUAAAGGGUCUAACUAUCGCGAGUGCAUUGCAAAGUCAGUUAACGCAGGAAUGGAUAUGAUUAUGGUCCCUUUCAGAUUCGAGAAGUUCUUGGAAGAUCUUGUGUUCUUGGUGGAGACAGGGGAGAUACCAGUAUCACGGAUUGAUGAUGCGGUUCAGCGGAUUCUAAGGGUUAAGUUCGUAUCUGGAGUGUUUGAGCAUCCCUUUUCAGAACCGACUCUACUCGACACAAUUGGUUGUAAGGAGCAUCGGUUGUUGGCACGUGAAGCCGUUCGUAAGUCGUUGGUGCUUCUGAAAAAUGGCAAGAAUCAGAAGGAACCAUUCCUUCCAUUAGCCAAAAAUGUAAAACGAAUACUCGUCGCAGGGACACAUGCUGACAAUAUUGGAUAUCAGUGCGGUGGAUGGACGAUAGCUUGGAAUGGAGAGAGUGGAAGUGUAACUCUUGGUACAAGCAUAUUAGAGGCCAUACGAGAAUCUGUGGGAGCGGAAACUGAAGUCGAGUAUGAGGAAUGCCCAACAGAAGCUACCAUUGAAACUGGGAAAUUUUCCUAUGCAGUUGUUGUAGUCGGGGAGGUUCCCUAUGCUGAAUCUUCGGGAGAUAGAACCGACCUUAGUAUUCCAUUUAAUGGCUCUGAUCUGAUUACUCGUGUUGCUAGUAAAGUCCCCACCCUGGUGAUUGUUAUAUCUGGAAGGCCCUUGGAGAUUGAGCCACAAGUUCUUGAGAAGGUAGAUGCUCUAGUUGCUGCCUGGCUACCCGGAAGUGAGGGCAUGGGAAUUGCUGAUUGCCUCUUUGGAGACUAUGAUUUUGUGGGCACAUUGCCUGUCACUUGGUUUAGGUCUGUCGACCAACUGCCUAUGAAUGUUGGAGGAUCUAACUAUGAUCCAUUAUUCCCUUUUGGAUAUGGGCUGAAAUGUUCACAAGUGAUGGACAUUUAGCAUAAUCUUGUGAAUGAUUUGGUCUUACA